AUGACUUCGCAAUCGAGCACCGAUCCGCAGUCGCAACCUUCUCGAGACUUUUUCGCUUCUUCUCCUUCUGCUACGCCUUGUUCGCCUGUAAAAGGGGCCAACGCACAGCCACACAAUCCGACCAGUCCGAUGGCGGAAGGAAGGGCCGCCGAGGAGGCAACCGACGAGAGCAAAACUCAGCAGGGGCAGAAUGGAGUGGAUGCCGAGGACGACAGGGAAGGGUCAGACUCGCCAGAUGACUUCAGCAUCGUAGGAUCAACCAGUGCCGAACCUGGCUCGUCAAGGCGGCAACAACCUCGGAGAGCAGCUGCGGCCAAUGCGAAGCCGCUCUUCCUCGCUGACGAUGAUCAAGAUUUCGCCGACUGGGGUCAGGAGGAGCAAGAUGAAGGUGACUUUUUCUCCACGCAUCCCACCAUCAACGCUGCUAAACCGCCAACAAGGACCAAGCUUACAAGCGACGACCAAGACUUCCUACCAGCGACGCAGACAGAUGAUGCUUCCAUCCAGUCCUCGUCUCCGCUGGAAGCAACCGCCCGCAAACGAUCGCCAAACGCUCACACCGACGAGACGUCGAACGGCACUGUGAAACGACUAAAGAGAUCAUCUCCAUCCCCACCCACUCAAGCAACCGAUUCACCCAAGAUCCCACCACGCCCCCGCUCACCAACACCCGACCCACGUCUUCGCCACGACGCAUUCGACCGACGCUAUCUCGGCACAUUCGUCCUCUCCGCAUGGUCUCUCUCCAAAGGCUCUUCCUACGUGAAACUGGGUGAUUGCGUUCGAAUCUUUCGUCCGCGCAGGAAACCCCCCUCUCUUGAACCCCCCACCAAAUCCACCAACAACUCAAAACUCACCAACGGCGGCACCAAAAAAGGCAAGCAAACCACCCUCAACUUCAACUCCCAAUCCUCCAACCGCUCUUCUAGCUUCUUCGCAUCUAAAGCAAAAUCGAAGGAGAGAGAAGACUUUAUCGUCCGCUUCAGCAAUAUGCGUGGGUUCGAAGUCGGACGAUUACCGUUAGAGGUGGCUACUUGGAUGUCGAAGUUGAUCGAUACGGGGAUAGCUGAGUUUGAAGGAGUCGUGGUGGAUUGUCCUGCUUCGUUGACGGUGGGGUGUGAUGUCAUUUUGCAGGUGAAAGCGUAUGUCAAGUUUGAGGCUUUCUUUUCCACUUUCUGGUCGGGCAAGGGUGGGGUUGAGGAUCAGAACGAUGGCUUGCGACCGGAGACGGCAGAGUCGGACAUGGAAAAGACGCUGCGGGAGCGUAAGAUUAGUCUGCUACGCAUGUUCCGCGUUUGCGACCUCAAGCCAAGCAUCAGCAAUUCCAUCUUGAAGUCACACAAAGCAACAGACGAUUUCUCGAGCGAAGCGAUGCUAGGUCAGUAUGGCGGCGAGAUCGAGACUUCAUUCAAGCCCGCAGCGGCUGCGAGUGAUGUACCAGCUGCAACCGAGACCAAGGCUGAGCUUCUGCUAGCUGGCGGACAAGCUGCUUCUGCUGCCAUCGACGUCGAUGACAACGUUGAGGAGGAUGGCAUUGCAGACCAGCUCCAAAAAGCAAAACAGCAAACCGACGGCGACGCAGACACAGAAGAAAACGACGGUACAGAACUUAAUCUCAACCAACUCGACCAAGUCUAUCGCAAAGCACAAGCCAACGAUGCCCAUCUUCCUGAAGUCGAGCCUCCCGAAACCUUCUUACUUACCCUCCGGCCCUAUCAAAAGCAAGCUUUGGGCUGGAUGAAGAAUAUGGAGAAAGCCCCUGGCUCCAACUCCAACGGCGGAGAACAGGACGGUUCGACGCAAACCCAGAACGGAUCAACCAGCGAGCGCAACCUCUCCCUCCAUCCGCUUUGGGAAGAAUACGAAUUCCCAAUGGAUUACGACAAUCCAGAAGCAAACGAAAAGCUGGUCAUGAGUCCAACGCGUAUGUUUUACUUUAAUCCUUACACCGGUGAUCUCAGUUUGGAUUUCCAGAGAGCUAGUAAGGGCUCGAGGGGUGGGAUUUUGGCAGAUGAGAUGGGGUUGGGUAAGACGAUUAUGGUUGCUAGUUUGUUGCAUGCCAAUCGCACUUCUGACCCUGGUGAAGAGAGCGAAGCUGAUGACGAUGCUAUGGAUAUCGGUGAAGAUGGGUUGGGUACAAAACCUAAACCCGCAGCAAAGCAGACUUCUCUCGCAUCUGCAUUUGCUGCUUCCACCUCAACUGGCGACGCGCGAAAAGCGCUUCUCAGAGCCUCCGUGGCAAAGGGUAAGGCUUCGCUCGUAGUCGCACCAAUGUCACUCAUAGGUCAGUGGAGGGACGAACUUAUCCGAGCCUCCGCUCCCAACUCGCUCACUCCUGUUCUCUACUACGCUGAUACAAAGGGAGACCUCCUAGCUCAACUCGAAUCGGGGAAAGUUGAUGUCGUAAUCACCUCCUACGGCACUCUCGUCACCGAAUAUCGACGCUACCUCGACUCCGGUGGCUCAUCCAACCGCCAUCUGUCCACCACUGCCCCUCUCUACUGCAUAGACUGGCUCAGAGUGAUUCUGGAUGAGGCACACAACAUUAAAAAUCGCUCCACAAUGAACGCUCGGGCCUGCACCGACCUCGCCUCCCGUCGACGAUGGGCGCUUACGGGAACACCGAUCAUCAAUCGCCUCACCGACUUAUUCUCCCUCCUCAAAUUUCUACGAGUGGAGCCGUGGGGAGAAUUCAGCUUCUUCAACAGUUUCGUAUGCAAACCGUUCCAAGCUAAAUCCACGAAAGCACUCGACGUAGUCCAGGUCAUCCUCGAAUCCGUACUCCUACGCAGAGAAAAGAGGAUGAAGGAUAAAGACGGCCAACCGAUAGUGCAGCUCCCUCCCAAAAAGGUGCAAGUGAGGCAACUGGAGUUUACAGAGUUGGAAAGAAAGAUCUAUGAUAAUGUGUAUAGGAGAGCCUAUUUGAGUUUUGCAGAGAUGAAGGCGGAUGGAAGUGUGACGAGGAAUUUUUCGGUGAUUUUUAGCGUUUUGAUGCGGUUGAGACAGGCUGUUUGUCAUCCUGCUCUAAUUCUCAAAGCUAGCAAGGGGAAGGGGAAGGUGGGAAAGGGGGAGAAUGGCAAGGUUGGCAAGGAAGAUCUUAUUCCUGAGGGUGAGCAUGAUGUUGGUGAGGAGGAGGUGGAAUUUCAGAAUGAUGAUGGUGGGGAGGGGGAUAUGACUCCAGGAACACAAGACCUGCGCGAGUUGGUGGCUCAAUUCCAAUCCUCCACCACCUCCGACAACACGAAUGAAGAUGCUGGGGAGAGCUUCAGCAAGCAAACAGUUGAACGUCUCAUUCGCGAGACACUAGGUCCAAACACCGAAUCAGGAGAAACCGAGUGCCCAAUAUGCUUCGAAGAUGCACAACAAUCCCCUUGCUAUUUACCCCGGUGCAUGCAUUCCGCUUGCAAGCAAUGCCUGAUCGACUAUCUCAGGGGAUGUAAAGAGAAAGGGCAAGAGUUAGCAUGUCCAACGUGUAGAGUUGGACCGGUUAGAGAGAUGGAUUUGAUUGAAGCUAUUCGCACUCGUCCCGCUUCCUCUAAUGCUCAGGAUGGGGGAGAAGUGGUGGGUGCGGGGCUGCCAGCGGUGAUCUAUGUGCGCAAUAAUUUGCAGACAUCUACCAAAGUCACUGCGCUUAUCAACCAUCUUAAUGAGAUCCGGGCGAAAGAGGGAGGGUUUAAGGGGGUUAUCUUUUCGCAGUUUACUAGCUUUCUCGAUUUAAUCGAACCCGUGCUCUCCCGGUACCGAUUCCGACUGCUCCGUCUCGAUGGAAGUACACCCCAAAAGGUGAGGGAAAAGCUCUUGGUCGAGUUCCAAUCUCCCUCUUCCUCGUCCGAAACCCUUCUCUUCCUUAUCAGCCUCAAAGCCGGUGGAGUAGGCCUAAACCUCACCGCAGCCAGCAAAAUCUGGCUGUUGGAUUUCUGGUGGAAUUCCAGCAUCGAAAAUCAAGCUAUAGAUCGAGUCCAUCGUCUAGGCCAAACCAAGCAAGUGUCAGUGUUUAGGUAUCUGGUCAAGGAUAGCAUCGAAAAUAGGAUAUUGCUGAUUCAGAAGAGGAAAGAUAUGUUGAUCAAGCAUGCUCUCAAACAGGGUGGCGGGGAAGAGGGAGCAAGAGGAGCUAAAUCGGAGACGCUGGAGAAUUUGGAGCUUUUGUUCGGGGACUAG